AUGGAUGUCGUGGGUGUUGCUCUUCUGCUGUUAGCCUUGUCAAUGGCUGGUCAUGUAGUGAGUGCAGGUAGCACAGAGCAUGCCUCAAUUUAUAUAGUCCACAUGGAUAAGUCUGCUAUGCCCAAGGAAUUCCCAACUCACGUUCACUGGUAUACAUCGCUGCUUUCAGCUGUGAAAGAAGCAAACGGGCAGCAGAGCAUAGAGGAGGAGGAUCUGUAUCUUUACACUUAUGAUACUGUAAUGCACGGUUUCAGCGCCAUGCUUACACAAUCGCAGCUGGAUUUGCUGGAGGAGAUGCCUGGUCACAUUUCAUCUUUUCCCGAUUCGUUGGCAACCAUGGAUACCACGCAUUCCACGGAAUUCCUGGAUCUUAGUCUUAAUAAGGGUAUUUUGCCAAUAUCCCGAUCUGGCCAAGACAUAAUUGUGGGCAUGCUGGACACCGGAAUUUGGCCCGAGAGCCGGAGCUUCCAUGACGAUGGAAUGGGACCAGUCCCAGCCAGAUGGAAGGGGAUUUGUCAGAACGGUACAGCCUUCGCCUCUUCGCUCUGCAAUAGAAAGCUGAUAGGAGCACGCUAUUUUAACAAAGCUCUGGUCGCCAAGUACGGGAAUCUUAGCCUCAACGACGACUACGCUUCUCCGAGGGAUUCUAACGGGCAUGGAAGCCAUACAUCGUCCACUGCAGGAGGUAACUUUGUAGAUGGCGUCGAUUUCUAUGGCUACGCUCCUGGUACAGCUCGUGGCGUGGCUCCUGCGGGGAGAGUUGCCAUGUACAAAGUCAUAUGGUCAAUUGGGAGUAUGGGCUCUGAUGCAUUGGCUGCAAUGGAGACCGCAAUUAGCGACGGAGCUGACGUUUUGUCUCUCUCGUUUGGCUACCUCUCACCUCCCUAUUUCCAAGAUGCAAUAGCCACCGGUGCCUUUGCGGCUAUAAAGAAAGGCGUUGUCGUUGUAUGCUCUGCAGGGAACAGCGGGCCGGAGCGGGGACGCAUGCACAAUGGUGCACCUUGGAUUUUCACGAUCGGUGCCAGCACGAUCGACAGAGAUUUUGUUGCUUCUUUGAAGUUGGGCGACGGUAGCGUCAUCACAGGCUCCUGCUUCUAUACUAAUCCAAACAAAAACGGGACCUACAACAUACCUCAAACCAAGCUCAUUUACGAGAGUGGAGACCCUGCAUGCAAGAGGCACUUCGAUGCUGCUACGGUGAACGGUACGGUUGUCUUGUGUGCAAAUAUGAGUUCUUUGCUUAUACAAGUUUUGAAACGAGCAGGAGUUCGGGCACUGAUCUCAUUGCCCAAGACCGAGAGCUUUUCGUCAUUUCCAGAUGACUAUUUUCCCAAUAUAGUGAUGAAACCCGAAGAUGGAGUAGGUUUAGUGAAGUAUGCUUCUUCAGAUUCAAGUCCUAUUGUCGAAGUACAGUUGGGCCUGACGUCUCUAGGUGUGAAGCCUGCGCCUUCAAUGGCAUCUUUUUCUUCUCGAGGGCCAUAUCCACCGAGCCGAAAUAUUAUGAAGCCUGACGUUACAGCCCCUGGUGUUAAUAUUUUUGCAGCGUGGCUUCCAAAUACCACAGAGGGAGACAAUUAUGCUAUCAUCUCAGGCACGUCCAUGUCAUGCCCUCAUGUGGCCGGAUUGGCAGUUCUGAUGAAAGCAAUUCACAGCGAGUGGAGUCCCGCAGCAAUCAAAUCUGCCAUCAUGACCACUUCCUUCACACUCAGCAAUUCCAACAAAGCUAUAAUGGACCUUGGCUACAGCGGUAACCCUGCCACGCCUUUUGAUAUGGGAGCAGGCCACGUCGACCCUAAUAAAGCAGUCGAUCCUGGACUCGUCUACGACAUCAGCGUCGAAGACUAUGCCAAUUAUCUGUGCACUCUCAAUUAUACCACCAAGCAAAUUCAAUCAAUUACCGGAACCCCUGUUUCAUGUCCUAGCGGCCUCGAUUUGGGAUCGGACGGUCUAAACUAUCCCUCCUUCACUGCAAUUUUCAACAAGAAUGCCACGUCGUCCUCGUCUUCCACAUUCAAAAGAACAUUGACGAAUGUGGGAGACGACAUAUCGUAUUAUAACGCUGUCCUUGAGGUGCCCAAAGGACUCAAAGUGCAGGUAAUUCCUAAUGCUGUGGAAUUUAAGAAGAAAUUUGAGAAGGUGAAUUUUACUGUCGUAGUGGAGGUAGAGGAAGGUGUGGGAAAUGAAUUUGUGUUGUACGGAUAUUUGAGUUGGGUUGAUGAAAAUGGCCAUAAGGUGAAAAGUCCUGUGCUGGCACUCUUUCAAUAA